ACCGCACCCAAAGCCAAGGAGCCGGCCUCUUCUUCGUUCUCGACCAGAGCGGAGCAGGAUUGCAAGAGCAAGCCAAGGCCGCAGAAGGAGCAGAGCAGAGAGGCGCGCGCGAUGGCCGUCGGGUUCCGUCGGACGCUCACCUCGCUGGCGUCGCCCAAGUCGGUGGCGCCGUCGUUCCUGCUGGACUGCGCGCGGCCCAAGAAGCUGUCGUACGCGCGGGUGCGGUCCACCAGCCUCCCCGUGCGCCUGCACCCGCUGGCGGCCGCGCUGCACGACGCGGCGCGCGGGCUGCUGGCGUGGGCGGACGCGCCCGCGCAGACGGGGCCCGCGUGGGUCGCCGACGGCGCCGGCCGGGCCGGGCGCGUCCUGGCGGGGCUCGCGGACCUGCUCCACCACCCGCAGGCGCGCGACGCGCUCCGGCGGCACCCUUGGACGGAGCAGCUCCUCGACGACCUCCUCCUCCUCGCGGACCUCCACGGGAGCUUCCGCGAGUCGCUCGUCGCGCUCAGGCAGCUCCUCGCCGAGACGCACGCCGCGCUGCGCCGGCGCGACGCGAGCCGCCUGGGCGCAGCGCUGCGGGCGCAGCGGCGGUCCGCGCGGGAGGUGUCCCGCCUGGCGUCCGCCGCGCGGGACCUCUCCCACCGCGCGGCGCCCGACGACGAGGCCGACGAGGCCACGCUCGCCGACGCCUUCGCGGCCGCGACGGCCGCCGUGUCCGCCGCCUCGUCCGCGGUCUUCGCCGGGGUGUCGACCGCGUCCGCGGAGUCCGCCUCCAGCGCCGCGCCGUCCCCGAGGACGCCGACGCCCUACUCCCCGGCCCGCGCGCCCGCCAGCCCGAUGUGGCUGGUGACCGACCUGCUCCGGCGGCGCCGGACCGUGUCGUUCGAGGACUCGUGCAACGAGGACGAGGAGGAGCGGAAGGUGGCCAUGGGCAGGGUGCGCGGGCUCGAGGAGUGCGUCGACGCCGCCGAGGCCGGCUGCGAGGAGCUGUACCGCGCGCUCGUGAGCGCCAGGGUCUCCCUGCUCAACCUGCUCACGCCCACGUUCUGACGCCCUCUAGUAGCUUCUCCCUCGUGAAAAUUCUCGAGGGAUCAACGACCAGGAUUCCAUUUUGGUUCGUUCGUUUGCGGUGGUGUGUAAAUGAUGUAAAUACUCCGGAUUGUAAAGCGAGAGGAGUUCCAAU